AUGACGCUCAAUAAUCAAUCACAAAAUCUUAUAAAUUUCGCGAAAAACUGUGUGGAAAAUGAGAAAAUUGAGAGAAGAGCAAUCGAACACAUUAUCGACAUUAUCGACACGUUGUUAGGGGAAAAUUUCAUUUUCAGUGAUGAGGAAUUGGAUGAAGAGGAGUUUUUGGGAAAAUUAACAAUUCUUCAAUAUAUCACAUACUCCUUGGAUCUGAUCAUUGAAAAAUAUCGAUUAUCGAUUGACGAGAUCUCUCAUUUAUUUCAAGAAGUUAUCACUGCGAUAUGCGCUUAUGGGGAUGAAGAGUUGGCGAGGAGUUUUGAUGUAAUCGCUACUUCUAAGGUGCUGAGCCAAGUGGCGGAGUCAGAGCAAGCUCCAGGGUGUCCCUGUUUUAAGGUAAUCGCUACUUCUAAGGUGCUGAGCCAAGUGGCGGAGUCAGAGCAAGCUCCAGGGUGUCCCUGUUUUAAGGUAAUCGCUACUUCUAAGGUGCUGAGCCAAGUGGCGGAGUCAGAGCAAGCUCUAGGGCGUUGCUGUUUUGAGGUAAUCGCUACUUCUAAGGUGCUGAGCCAAGUGGCGGAGUCAGAGCAAGCUCCAGGGUGUCCCUGUUUUAAGGUAAUCGCUACUUCUAAGGUGCUGAGCCAAGGGGCGGAGUCAGAGCAAGCUCCAGGGUGUCCCUGUUUUAAGGUAAUCGCUACUUCUAAGGUGCUGAGCCAAGUGGCGGAGUCAGAGCAAGCUCCAGGGUGUCCCUGUUUUAAGGUAAUCGCUACUUCUAAGGUGCUGAGCCAAGGGGCGGAGUCAGAGCAAGCUCUAGGGCGUUGCUGUUUUGAGGUAAUCGCUACUUCUAAGGUGCUGAGCCAAGUGGCGGAGUCAGAGCAAGCUCCAGGGUGUCCCUGUUUUAAGGUAAUCGCUACUUCUAAGGUGCUGAGCCAAGUGGCGGAGUCAGAGCAAGCUCCAGGGUGUCCCUGUUUUAAGGUAAUCGCUACUUCUAAGGUGCUGAGCCAAGUGGCGGAGUCAGAGCAAGCUCCAGGGUGUCCCUGUUUUAAGGUAAUCGCUACUUCUAAGGUGCUGAGCCAAGUGGCGGAGUCAGAGCAAGCUCUAGGGCGUUGCUGUUUUGAGGUAAUCGCUACUUCUAAGGUGCUGAGCCAAGUGGCGGAGUCAGAGCAAGCUCCAGGGUGUCCCUGUUUUAAGGUAAUCGCUACUUCUAAGGUGCUGAGCCAAGGGGCGGAGUCAGAGCAAGCUCCAGGGUGUCCCUGUUUUAAGGUAAUCGCUACUUCUAAGGUGCUGAGCCAAGUGGCGGAGUCAGAGCAAGCUCCAGGGUGUCCCUGUUUUAAGGUAAUCGCUACUUCUAAGGUGCUGAGCCAAGGGGCGGAGUCAGAGCAAGCUCUAGGGCGUUGCUGUUUUGAGGUAAUCGCUACUUCUAAGGUGCUGAGCCAAGUGGCGGAGUCAGAGCAAGCUCCAGGGUGUCCCUGUUUUAAGGUAAUCGCUACUUCUAAGGUGCUGAGCCAAGUGGCGGAGUCAGAGCAAGCUCUAGGGCGUUGCUGUUUUGAGGUAAUCGCUACUUCUAAGGUGCUGAGCCAAGGGGCGGAGUCAGAGCAAGCUCCAGGGUGUCCCUGUUUUAAGGUAAUCGCUACUUCUAAGGUGCUGAGCCAAGGGGCGGAGUCAGAGCAAGCUCCAGGGUGUCCCUGUUUUAAGGUAAUCGCUACUUCUAAGGUGCUGAGCCAAGUGGCGGAGUCAGAGCAAGCUCCAGGGUGUCCCUGUUUUAAGGUAAUCGCUACUUCUAAGGUGCUGAGCCAAGGGGCGGAGUCAGAGCAAGCUCUAGGGCGUUGCUGUUUUGAGGUAAUCGCUACUUCUAAGGUGCUGAGCCAAGGGGCGGAGUCAGAGCAAGCUCCAGGGUGUCCCUGUUUUAAGGUAAUCACUACUUCUAAGGUGCUGAGCCAAGGGGCGGAGUCAGAGCAAGCUCUAGGGCGUUGCUGUUUUGAGGUAAUCGCUACUUCUAAGGUGCUGAGCCAAGGGGCGGAGUCAGAGCAAGCUCUAGGGCGUUGCUGUUUUGAGGUAAUCGCUACUUCUAAGGUGCUGAGCCAAGGGGCGGAGUCAGAGCAAGCUCUAGGGCGUUGCUGUUUUGAGGUAAUCGCUACUUCUAAGGUGCUGAGCCAAGUGGCGGAGUCAGAGCAAGCUCCAGGGUGUCCCUGUUUUAAGGUAAUCGCUACUUCUAAGGUGCUGAGCCAAGGGGCGGAGUCAGAGCAAGCUCUAGGGCGUUGCUGUUUUGAGGUAAUCGCUACUUCUAAGGUGCUGAGCCAAGUGGCGGAGUCAGAGCAAGCUCCAGGGUGUCCCUGUUUUAAGGUAAUCGCUACUUCUAAGGCGCUGAGCCAAGGGGCGGAGUCAGAGCAAGCUCUAGGGCGUUGCUGUUUUGAGGUAAUCGCUACUUCUAAGGUGCUGAGCCAAGUGGCGGAGUCAGAGCAAGCUCCAGGGUGUCCCUGUUUUAAGGUAAUCGCUACUUCUAAGGUGCUGAGCCAAGUGGCGGAGUCAGAGCAAGCUCUAGGGCGUUGCUGUUUUGAGGUAAUCGCUACUUCUAAGGUGCUGAGCCAAGGGGCGGAGUCAGAGCAAGCUCCAGGGUGUCCCUGUUUUAAGGUAAUCGCUACUUCUAAGGUGCUGAGCCAAGGGGCGGAGUCAGAGCAAGCUCCAGGGUGUCCCUGUUUUAAGGUAAUCGCUACUUCUAAGGUGCUGAGCCAAGUGGCGGAGUCAGAGCAAGCUCCAGGGUGUCCCUGUUUUAAGGUAAUCGCUACUUCUAAGGUGCUGAGCCAAGGGGCGGAGUCAGAGCAAGCUCUAGGGCGUUGCUGUUUUGAGGUAAUCGCUACUUCUAAGGUGCUGAGCCAAGGGGCGGAGUCAGAGCAAGCUCCAGGGUGUCCCUGUUUUAAGGUAAUCACUACUUCUAAGGUGCUGAGCCAAGUGGCGGAGUCAGAGCAAGCUCCAGGGUGUCCCUGUUUUAAGGUAAUCGCUACUUCUAAGGUGCUGAGCCAAGUGGCGGAGUCAGAGCAAGCUCUAGGGCGUUGCUGUUUUGAGGUAAUCGCUACUUCUAAGGUGCUGAGCCAAGUGGCGGAGUCAGAGCAAGCUCCAGGGUGUCCCUGUUUUAAGGUAAUCGCUACUUCUAAGGUGCUGAGCCAAGGGGCGGAGUCAGAGCAAGCUCCAGGGUGUCCCUGUUUUAAGGUAAUCGCUACUUCUAAGGUGCUGAGCCAAGUGGCGGAGUCAGAGCAAGCUCCAGGGUGUCCCUGUUUUAAGGUAAUCGCUACUUCUAAGGUGCUGAGCCAAGGGGCGGAGUCAGAGCAAGCUCUAGGGCGUUGCUGUUUUGAGGUAAUCGCUACUUCUAAGGUGCUGAGCCAAGUGGCGGAGUCAGAGCAAGCUCCAGGGUGUCCCUGUUUUAAGGUAAUCGCUACUUCUAAGGUGCUGAGCCAAGUGGCGGAGUCAGAGCAAGCUCUAGGGCGUUGCUGUUUUGAGGUAAUCGCUACUUCUAAGGUGCUGAGCCAAGGGGCGGAGUCAGAGCAAGCUCCAGGGUGUCCCUGUUUUAAGGUAAUCGCUACUUCUAAGGUGCUGAGCCAAGGGGCGGAGUCAGAGCAAGCUCCAGGGUGUCCCUGUUUUAAGGUAAUCGCUACUUCUAAGGUGCUGAGCCAAGUGGCGGAGUCAGAGCAAGCUCCAGGGUGUCCCUGUUUUAAGGUAAUCGCUACUUCUAAGGUGCUGAGCCAAGGGGCGGAGUCAGAGCAAGCUCUAGGGCGUUGCUGUUUUGAGGUAAUCGCUACUUCUAAGGUGCUGAGCCAAGGGGCGGAGUCAGAGCAAGCUCCAGGGUGUCCCUGUUUUAAGGUAAUCACUACUUCUAAGGUGCUGAGCCAAGGGGCGGAGUCAGAGCAAGCUCUAGGGCGUUGCUGUUUUGAGGUAAUCGCUACUUCUAAGGUGCUGAGCCAAGGGGCGGAGUCAGAGCAAGCUCUAGGGCGUUGCUGUUUUGAGGUAAUCGCUACUUCUAAGGUGCUGAGCCAAGGGGCGGAGUCAGAGCAAGCUCUAGGGCGUUGCUGUUUUGAGGUAAUCGCUACUUCUAAGGUGCUGAGCCAAGUGGCGGAGUCAGAGCAAGCUCCAGGGUGUCCCUGUUUUAAGGUAAUCGCUACUUCUAAGGCGCUGAGCCAAGGGGCGGAGUCAGAGCAAGCUCUAGGGCGUUGCUGUUUUGAGGUAAUCGCUACUUCUAAGGUGCUGAGCCAAGUGGCGGAGUCAGAGCAAGCUCCAGGGUGUCCCUGUUUUAAGGUAAUCGCUACUUCUAAGGUGCUGAGCCAAGGGGCGGAGUCAGAGCAAGCUCUAGGGCGUUGCUGUUUUGAGGUAAUCGCUACUUCUAAGGUGCUGAGCCAAGUGGCGGAGUCAGAGCAAGCUCCAGGGUGUCCCUGUUUUAAGGUAAUCGCUACUUCUAAGGCGCUGAGCCAAGGGGCGGAGUCAGAGCAAGCUCUAGGGCGUUGCUGUUUUGAGGUAAUCGCUACUUCUAAGGUGCUGAGCCAAGUGGCGGAGUCAGAGCAAGCUCUAGGGCGUUGCUGUUUUGAGGUAAUCGCUACUUCUAAGGUGCUGAGCCAAGGGGCGGAGUCAGAGCAAGCUCCAGGGUGUCCCUGUUUUAAGGUAAUCGCUACUUCUAAGGUGCUGAGCCAAGGGGCGGAGUCAGAGCAAGCUCCAGGGUGUCCCUGUUUUAAGGUAAUCGCUACUUCUAAGGUGCUGAGCCAAGUGGCGGAGUCAGAGCAAGCUCCAGGGUGUCCCUGUUUUAAGGUAAUCGCUACUUCUAAGGUGCUGAGCCAAGGGGCGGAGUCAGAGCAAGCUCUAGGGCGUUGCUGUUUUGAGGUAAUCGCUACUUCUAAGGUGCUGAGCCAAGGGGCGGAGUCAGAGCAAGCUCCAGGGUGUCCCUGUUUUAAGGUAAUCACUACUUCUAAGGCGCUGAGCCAAGGGGCGGAGUCAGAGCAAGCUCUAGGGCGUUGCUGUUUUGAGGUAAUCGCUACUUCUAAGGUGCUGAGCCAAGUGGCGGAGUCAGAGCAAGCUCCAGGGUGUCCCUGUUUUAAGGUAAUCGCUACUUCUAAGGUGCUGAGCCAAGGGGCGGAGUCAGAGCAAGCUCUAGGGCGUUGCUGUUUUGAGGUAAUCGCUACUUCUAAGGUGCUGAGCCAAGGGGCGGAGUCAGAGCAAGCUCCAGGGUGUCCCUGUUUUAAGGUAAUCACUACUUCUAAGGUGCUGAGCCAAGGGGCGGAGUCAGAGCAAGCUCUAGGGCGUUGCUGUUUUGAGGUAAUCGCUACUUCUAAGGUGCUGAGCCAAGGGGCGGAGUCAGAGCAAGCUCUAGGGCGUUGCUGUUUUGAGGUAAUCGCUACUUCUAAGGUGCUGAGCCAAGGGGCGGAGUCAGAGCAAGCUCUAGGGCGUUGCUGUUUUGAGGUAAUCGCUACUUCUAAGGUGCUGAGCCAAGUGGCGGAGUCAGAGCAAGCUCCAGGGUGUCCCUGUUUUAAGGUAAUCGCUACUUCUAAGGUGCUGAGCCAAGGGGCGGAGUCAGAGCAAGCUCCAGGGUGUCCCUGUUUUAAGGUAAUCGCUACUUCUAAGGUGCUGAGCCAAGGGGCGGAGUCAGAGCAAGCUCCAGGGUGUCCCUGUUUUAAGGUAAUCGCUACUUCUAAGGUGCUGAGCCAAGUGGCGGAGUCAGAGCAAGCUCCAGGGUGUCCCUGUUUUAAGGUAAUCGCUACUUCUAAGGUGCUGAGCCAAGGGGCGGAGUCAGAGCAAGCUCUAGGGCGUUGCUGUUUUGAAGUAAUCGCUACUUCUAAGGUGCUGAGCCAAGUGGCGGAGUCAGAGCAAGCUCCAGGGUGUCCCUGUUUUAAGGUAAUCGCUACUUCUAAGGUGCUGAGCCAAGUGGCGGAGUCAGAGCAAGCUCCAGGGUGUCCCUGUUUUAAGGUAAUCGCUACUUCUAAGGUGCUGAGCCAAGUGGCGGAGUCAGAGCAAGCUCUAGGGCGUUGCUGUUUUGAGGUAAUCGCUACUUCUAAGGUGCUGAGCCAAGUGGCGGAGUCAGAGCAAGCUCCAGGGUGUCCCUGUUUUAAGGUAAUCGCUACUUCUAAGGUGCUGAGCCAAGGGGCGGAGUCAGAGCAAGCUCCAGGGUGUCCCUGUUUUAAGGUAAUCGCUACUUCUAAGGUGCUGAGCCAAGUGGCGGAGUCAGAGCAAGCUCCAGGGUGUCCCUGUUUUAAGGUAAUCGCUACUUCUAAGGUGCUGAGCCAAGGGGCGGAGUCAGAGCAAGCUCUAGGGCGUUGCUGUUUUGAGGUAAUCGCUACUUCUAAGGUGCUGAGCCAAGUGGCGGAGUCAGAGCAAGCUCCAGGGUGUCCCUGUUUUAAGGUAAUCGCUACUUCUAAGGUGCUGAGCCAAGUGGCGGAGUCAGAGCAAGCUCUAGGGCGUUGCUGUUUUGAGGUAAUCGCUACUUCUAAGGUGCUGAGCCAAGGGGCGGAGUCAGAGCAAGCUCCAGGGUGUCCCUGUUUUAAGGUAAUCGCUACUUCUAAGGUGCUGAGCCAAGGGGCGGAGUCAGAGCAAGCUCCAGGGUGUCCCUGUUUUAAGGUAAUCGCUACUUCUAAGGUGCUGAGCCAAGUGGCGGAGUCAGAGCAAGCUCCAGGGUGUCCCUGUUUUAAGGUAAUCGCUACUUCUAAGGUGCUGAGCCAAGGGGCGGAGUCAGAGCAAGCUCUAGGGCGUUGCUGUUUUGAGGUAAUCGCUACUUCUAAGGUGCUGAGCCAAGGGGCGGAGUCAGAGCAAGCUCCAGGGUGUCCCUGUUUUAAGGUAAUCACUACUUCUAAGGUGCUGAGCCAAGGGGCGGAGUCAGAGCAAGCUCUAGGGCGUUGCUGUUUUGAGGUAAUCGCUACUUCUAAGGUGCUGAGCCAAGGGGCGGAGUCAGAGCAAGCUCCAGGGUGUCCCUGUUUUAAGAUAAUUCUGAAACUGCUGCUCUCCGCCUCCUCAAAACUAGAAGGCGAUGAACACGAGACGAUCCUUCAGAAUCUUCUCCACGUCGUCAAUUUCUGUGAUUUCGAUUCAGAAUCCUCGACGUCGAUUCCGAUUCUGAUUCCACUGAAGACAGUGAUGAGACUCGAGACGAACUACGACGGCUUCUUCAAACUUCAUCUGAGUCUGAAUAUUCUGACGUCGUUGUUCGAAGAUGACUUCAUGGAGGAUUCAGAAGUUCUUCUGGAGUACUGGACGCCUUCUAAAUCGUUUCUGAAUGAGGAAAGAGCACCGGAAGAGGCGUGGAUUGUGGAGAUUUGUCUGAAAGUUUGGAUGAAAUGUCUGAAAAUGAGAAGGAAGAGAGAUUCGGUGGUAGAGCUGGCCGGAUUUAUUGGGGAGAUUUUCUCAACGUUUUAUGCGGUUGCUGAGUUUAAAGACGAGGUUAUGCAAGUGUUGGAACAGGUUUUUCAGGAAAUCCGUGCGUUCAUCCACGAAAACGAGCAAAUUCUGUCAAUUCACAAAGAUCUUCGAGAGAAUCUUCUGGAAUGGUUGAAUAUCUAUCUGGAAUUGAUUGAUGACACCACUGAUGAAUUCGGACUACUCAACACGUUCUCCACGUUUCUCGUUGAUCUGACAUCGAAUCAAGAAGUCCAUGAGAUACCGAUGAAAUUGUGUUUGGCGCCGAGUGAAUUGUGUGUGACCCGAAUCAAGCUCUCCCUGGAAACCAUCCGUACCGACUGCCUCCCCAACUACCUGGACCUCCUCGCCUCUCUCUUCAAGCUCUCCCGAAUCCAAAAACCGGAAAAUUUCCAAUGGUUCAUCCAGGACGUUCAAAAAUUCAAUUCCAUCGAAAACCCGCAAUUCCCACGUCUUCUCGGCGCGAUUUUGAGUGUCCAACACCCGAUUUGUCAAUCAUUUUGCAAACAAUUCGCACCGUCCGUCGAUCAAAUGUGGCAUAGGCUGAAAAACGAUUCGAGUGAAUCGACAAGGUGUACUGUAACCUCGAUAGCGAUUUGCCUCGGAAAUUGCUCGUUUUUACAAAGUAACGAUGAGAAGUUGAAGCAGAUUAUCCCGUUUUUGUUGAUACCUUGUCUCGGAGACUUUCGGGAGAGAGUUGGUACGAAAUGGGAUGGAUUCAGAAUCUCCGGAGCUCAAAGAAACGAAUCGAUUCUGGAUUUACAGCGAUUCGCGUCGGUAUUGGAGACGAACGACUCGGAGGAAUGGAGAAUACGCGCGGCGCAAUGCGCUCUGCAAAUCGAUAAAAAGACUGGAAAAUACUUGAAUCUAGUGGUUGAUAUGAGUCUCUCGGUGAUAGCAAAAGCUGAAAAUGCUAAAAAUGUGACCCAAUGCCUCCCUGCGAUCACCCAUUUCUUGUCUGAAAAUCCGCAAUUUAUUGGAGAAUUCUUGACGGUUUUGGUGACGAAGCUAGGAAAAGGAGAUAUAUGCAAAGCGAUACGGAAAAUUAUAGAGAAUGCCAAAGAUGCGAAAGGAAAUCUGAAAAUUGAUGAGCAAGCUCUCGCCGUUUCACUCAAUGAGCUCACAAAACGAAACGAAGAGAGAAGUUUCAGUGCUGAAAAGGAAAUGCUGAAAAUGUGUAGAGCGAUGCUGUUGAAUGUGGAUUCGAGACGACGAUUGACGCCGGCGUUCACACCGGUUAUCGAGGCGAUUCACUUGGCGUUUGGAGAGGAGGAGACCGCCGAUUGCUAUUUCCGCGUGUGGGAGCUCGUCACCUGUAAGAGCUCGAUGACUGUCGAGCGGAAACAACUGAUCUACAUCAAACUCAUCAUCCAAGGAUUCCUCGAAUCCAACUCCACGUCUUCUAUUCAAAAAUUCACUCAUAACGUGCUCACGGCAAAGCUUCCAGAUGACGUUAAAGCGAUCGUGUGCUCCGCCCUUUUCGCUCACGCUUGCUUCAUGGAUACACUGGAAAUCUGGAAUCUCACUAUCUCAUUUACACGUCAAUUAGCUUCAAAUCUCGUCAAGAAUCUGGUGGACGCGACGGAAGACGAGCUAUUUCAAGCGUUGUUACGUCGAUACGCCACGAUUUUUACGCGCGCUUUCCUUCAUCGAUUGUUUUUGGAGUGCUCCGCCGAGCAGCUCGAUGAGCUCAAAAUCCGCGAGUUGGCGCAAUUUUUUGUGACCCAAAUCGCGAUUUUUUUCAAAUUUUCAAACUUGAACGCGGCGAUCUCGACGAUCCGCCCGUCUCUCUUCUACUACUCGAUAAUUUCGGGUGCCCGUGGGAUCCACGCGGAGCACGUGUGCUCCGUCAUCGACUUUAUCUAUCAGGAGCUGACGGCGACCACGCCCACUUCGAUCCCCAAAAAUCCGAGCGAUAUGAAAGUGAUUUUGAGUCAACGAAAAUCGCUGUGCACCGAGUUGUUUCCGAAAAUUGUGCAAUUUUUGCAGUUUGAAGAGGGGGAGGAGGAGCGAAACGAGAUCUUUUGGAAGUUCUGCAAAGAGCAGUGUGACUUCAACGAGGAGAAUCUGAAUGCCGUCACGGCGACGUUCCGAAAACAAGUUUUCGAGAAUUUGCUGCUCGUUGCACCUCAUGUACUUUGUGACAUUCAGGAGGACUCCAGAAUCCCACUGCAACUUCAGAAGACGUACGAGAUUAUGAAGAAGGGGGAGAGCUUCACGAUUGCGACGGCGAUGGAUACGAGGAAUGAGGGAAUUGAGAUUAUAUUCACAUUCCGGAGCUAUUUCACAGUGGACGCGUAUUUUAUGAUGAGAGACUCGGCGGCUGCCAGUUUUAGUGUGGUACUUCAGAAUCUGAAAACCAGUUUCCUUGACGCGCACUGGUGGGCGAUUCUGAUGACGUUGCGGCAGAGUCCGCCUGAGUUGGAAUCCACGAGACAGUCUUGGUUCACGUUCAUCGAGGAGAUUAGUUUGGAGACGUUGUUAUCUCAUCUAUGGAGACUUAUCACGGAUAUCUCGAGGGUUUGGAAUAAUACGGCGAUUAUUGAGAGAGUGUGGAGUCGGUUGGGCAAUGCUAGUGGGAACAUGACGAAACUGUUCUGGGUGGUGCCUGUCGAGGUGGAGAGGAACUUUUUGAAUAUAUCGAUUUCGAGAUCGAGACAAGUGGAUGAUGUGCUCGAGUUUAUUGGCCAAUUUGAAAGAUAUCCGUCGUUGCAAUUUAUUGAUAAUUUGGCGAGCAAGAUUGAGAGAAACAAAGUGGGAAAGGAGGAGAUGACGAAAUUGAUCGGCGCUCUCACUGGAAUCCUGCCAAUGUGUCAAUCGCGAAAACAACGAAACCAACUGAUCUCUCUUCUCCAAAAGAUCCCAAUCACCUUCUCCGUCGCCGCCGAUCACGACUUCGUCCGAUGGGAUCCCUCGUUCAAAUUCUUCUCCGAACCGAGACAGCUGACUCAGGCGGUUCUAGAGGAAUGCGCUGAAAUUCUGGAGAAUAUGGUGGGAACGCCCAAGUUGGAAUAUGCGGAUAGAACGAUGUGUGAUGCGUACAAAUUCUUUAAUUCGAGUCUAGCAUCCGAAGACAUGAAACUCACUAUAGAUGGGCUGAAAAAUAUGUAUGCAAUAAUGUGUUCGAAAAAGCCGGAACCUGUAAUGAUUGAACAAAAAACGAUUGAUGAGCUCACCACGUCUGGAAAUUCGCGAAAUGAGUCGUUCGCUCGUUGGCUUACUGUACUCAUUAUAAAAUGUGCUGAAAUGGCUGAAAAUACGGCUUUAGGGAGCUUGGUACCAAUUGCUCAUUGUAAUGAUACUCGGUUUUUGGCGAAGAUGGCGAUGAGAUUCAUUCUGACUGUGAUUCAGAUGGAGAGGGGAUCCGUCACGCAAUGGAUUCUGACAACAUUCGAGGACGCUCUAACCUGUGCCCUCAAACGACGUCUCACUCAUUCCGAUCGCGGCGCGUCCACAUUCAUUUUCUACGUAUUCGACUUUCUCUACAUCUACUCGAAUUCAGAAGACGUCCGACGUCACAAAGAGAUGCGAGAGAAAGUAGUGGAAUUCUGGAAGUGUAUGAUGUCAUGGACACGAAAAGACUCGCACGGACACGAUCAACCGUUGAUUGUGACGGUUGCCGAGUCGUUUGGAAUGGAGAAACGAUGCAUUCUGUGGCUGGAAGUGUUCAUGGAGAUGAAGAGGAUGGAGCAGCACAAGAAACAGAGCCAACAGCUUCAAGAAUCGUCGUCAGGGAUUCAGAAGAUGACGUCUGGAGCGAUGUCAACGACAAUGGAGAGCUCCUACUAUUUCACACUGAUGAAUUUAUACGCACGAAUACACGAGUUGAAUGGUGUCAAGGGGGCGUACGCUAUGCUGAGCAAGACGCAAAUCGAUCAUGUUUAUGGGAAGAUUUGUGUGAAGGAGGCGUUCGGAGAGAUGCAUUCCGCGGCGUCGUUUGGAAAAAUGACGGGAAAAGGACGAGCGUUUAGUGCCACGGAAACCAUCAAGAAAAUGAUUGAUGAGCAAAAUGCACUUGACUAUGCACCAAUUGAGAAGAAGGAGCAAGAUGAGUACAUCAAAUCGCUGAAAACGUUGACACAAUGGACAUCGAACGAUAAUGAUAUCGCCCCAUCGCCUCAAGUCUUCUCGAAAACUAUCGAAACACGAUCCGCUGAGUCUGUAAUUUUGACAAUGAUCAAAACCGAGGAACCGCCUGAAAUUAUUGAUGAAAUGAUUCAAAAAGCUAAGGAAAAGAUUGUGGAUCGACUAUCGGAAUUCGCGAUCGGCGGAUCGUGUAGCUAUGAGACGUCGACUCCAUUCAUUAUUGAACUUCAGAAGUUGGAUGAGAUAAGCGAGCUGAAAAAUGCGAGAAAGGAGGAUUUGUUGGGAUUCGACUCGAAGUUUUGGAAGAAUUUGAAUAAACGCACAAACGACGGUGAGCAAUCGAUGACAAUUCUCGAACCGAUUCUCCGUGUCCGCCGCUCGAUGCUCGAUAUCCGAAGUCAAACGAUGAGCGAGAAAGAGAAGGAUACAAUCAGAUCUCGAAUCGUCGACUCGCAUCUUCAAAGUGCUCGAAUCGCUCGGCUCACCGGAUGUCUCGAAAGAGCACAACUCUCAAUCAUUAAUGCGAAAAAAGUGUUACCAUUUGAGAAUAAAAUCGUGCUGGAAGAGGCGAAACUCCGCCUACAAACAUCGGAUGAGCUCAAUGGAAUGAGUCUAUUGGAUAGUAUCAUUGCGAAGAAUUUCGCUGAAAUUCAGACGACCUAUAGUCACACUCAACAGUCGACGAAUCUUGAUAUUCAAAAGUCGGCGAAGCUGAAAAUCGAUUUAUUUCCAGAAGAGACGAAAAAGUUGUUCUCAUCAGUUCAAAUGCUCCGUAUCUCUCAUAUGAUCAAAUCGGGGAAUACUGUAGGCUUCGAGAAGUUAUUCGAUGAAACGAAACAGCUCAUCGAACUGUUCGCCGGCUCGAAUGCCAUGUACGAAGCCGUCUGGUUUAUGGACUAUUUGUCGAAUUAUAAUGAGCGGAGCAAGCCGGUGCUCUCACUGCUCACAGCGUAUGGAAAAGUGGCUCAGCAUGAGAAGAAUGUGGUGCUGCAGGCGAGAGCGGUGGAGAGAAUGACUUCGUUGUGGUUGGCGAAUGCGAAGAAAGUGGUGAGAAAACCCUGA